AUGUCAGUCCAGCUUUUUGACAACAGUGAUCUUAAACCUGAAACAACAAUAUACUCACAUCAGUUCCCCACAACUCAUGCAGAUAUGUCCCUACCAUUUGGUGGUGUGAAAGAUAGUGGAUUUGGACGAUUUGCUGGUAUAGAGGGAUUACGGGCCUGCUGUCUUGUCAAAGCGGUUGUUGAGGAUAGGUGGUGGCCAUACAUCAAAACUAAGAUUCCAAAGCCCAUUCAGUAUCCUAUUGCAGGGAAUGGCUUCGAUUUUCAGGAAUCACUUGUAGAAGCACUUUAUGGCUUGAACAUAUGGGAUCGGUUGCGAGCAUUGGUGAAUGUAUUGAAGAUGCUUACAGAGCAAAAUACCCCAGCCAACAGUAAAAGAAACAAUGAUUGAGUUGACAUGGGAACAUGCUCGUGAGUUUCACUAACUUGUUUGCAAGGAAUUGAUCUUUGUGUUUGUCAUUUUAUUUUUCUCGCCCAUGUUCAACAAGCUAAUUCCACCCCUUCUUCUUUUUACUUGCUUUGCUUUAGCUGCUACUGGACACAGAUAAAUUAAGCUUCCUGACUUUGAAAUGUCCUCUCUUUUUUAUGCUUAAA